GGAGGGAGUCUGGGAGAGGAGAGCCCCUUGGGAGAGCCAGCCAGUUUCUGUGCAGCCUUUACUGGGGGUGGUUGUGACGCGUGGUGAGAGAAGUGGGUGAAACUGCACGAGACUUUGUUAUCUGUAUCCCACGGACGGACGCUCCCGGACACCUACCUGUAUUAUGGUAAGUGACACCUACCUGGAGAUCCUUAGAGGCGGCAGCAGCAGGGGGCGAGGAGGAGGGCGUGCUGAUGACAGGAGAAGCUAGGAUGAGGACACGUGGCAGUAACUGUACAUACAAAUGGCGGGGCCACGGUGGGUAGAGACUGUCUUCAAUAAGCGAGAGUGCAUCAAAUUCAUCCCGAGCAGCAAGGACAACGCGAGGCCUGGAAGAAGUGUGUUGGAAUGUUGCUGUGGGCAACUGUGGCAGUGUCACCGCGAUGGGUCGCCAGCCACCCUGCGGCACGGAGAAGACUUGCACUGGAGUCCAUCACGGCACACACAGCUCCUCCCCACAGACGCCUAUGGCAUCCUCGAGUUCCAGGGCGGUGCACACCCCACCAAGGCUCACUAUAUUCGGCUGGCCCACGACACUCGACCCGACCACACACUGCAGCUCCUGACCGGGGAGUGGGGCCUCGACCUGCCCAAGCUACUCAUCACCGUGCAGGGCGGCAAGGCAAACUUUGACCUGCAGCCCAAACUGAAGAAGGUCAUCAGGAAGGGUCUGCUGAAGGCUGCCAAGACAACGGGCGCUUGGGUCUUCACCGCUGGCACAAAUACAGGAGUCACCAGGCAUGUGGGCGAGGCGCUGGUGACAGAGAGCUCACUGAGGGUUCGCAGCGGCCGCCUGGUGAGUGUGGGCAUUGCACCGUGGGGCAUCAUUGAGCGACGACAGGACCUCGUCGGGCACAACAAGGAUGUCCCGUACCACCCCAUGAAUUCCCCCAAAUCAAAAUUCGUUGCCCUAAACAAGCACCACACCUUCUUCCUCCUGGUGGACAAUGGGACGGUGGGCAAGUAUGGGCCAGAGCUCAUCCUGCGCAGGAAGCUGGAAAACUAUAUCUCAAAGCAGAGAAUUGAAACUCGCGGCGGCUUGGCAACUCCUGUGGUGUGUGUUGUGAUCGAGGGCGGCCCGCAGACCAUCCGGCAGGUGUUGGAGUAUGUCACUGACUCCCCGCCCGUCCCUGUUAUUGUUUGUGACGGAACAGGACGAGCAGCUGACAUACUGGCAUUUGUACAUAAAUAUACUUUCUCAGGUCUCAACAUGAUAGAAGGAAGUCGGGAAACUGUGAUCAUGACUCUUGGGCGAGUGUUUGAGCUGCGGCCGGUGCAGGCGGAGAAGCUCUAUAUGGAAGUGCUGCAGUGCAUGCGCAAGAGAGAUCUGAUUACUGUUUUCCGCCUCAAAGAGGGCUCAGAGCUGGACCAGAGCAUCCUGUCGGCUCUGCUCCACGCCCAGCGCCUCAACCCCCCGGAGCAGCUGUCCCUCGCCCUCACCUGGAACAGAGUGGACAUAGCGAGGUCACACGUCUUCAGUGAGGACGUUGAGUGGUCCAAAGGUUCGCUUGAGCAGGCCAUGAUGGACGCUCUAGUGAACGACCGCAUUGAGUUUGUGAAGCUCCUCCUCGAGCAAGGUGUUAUCAUGAACAAGUUCUUGAGUAUCCAGAGACUUGAAGAACUGUAUAACUCAGUGAGUACAAUGGACAAAAGUGGUCCUUCAAACACGUUGCGCUACAUCAUUCGUGACGUGAAGAAGAACAUUCCUCGGGACUAUCGCUACACUCUAAUAGACAUCGGCCUCGUCAUCAACAAGCUGAUGGGCGGUGCUUACAGAGCUUACUACACGAGGAAAAAAUUCCGCACCGUCUAUGAAAACAUGCUGAUGAGGUCGCCGCGCCUCCAUCGUAACAACAGCAGCAUCUUCCAGGCCAGCAAGUCUCUGCUGCAGAAGAACCCAAACAGCUCGCCCAAGUCCUACAUCAGCCAGGAUGACUUGAGCUCAAAGUUUGAGUUUGACUACCCCUUCAGUGAACUCCUGGUGUGGGCCGUGUUGACCAAGAGGCAGGGCAUGGCAAUGUUGAUGUGGCAGCACGGCGAGGAGGCCAUCGCCAAGGCGCUCGUGGCGGCCAAACUGUACAAAGCCCUGGCACAUGAGGCCGCCGAUGAUGACCUGGAAACAGAGGUGUACGAGGAGCUGAAGGGAUACGCCAAGGAGUUUGAGGCUUUAGCCUUGCAGGUAAUGGACUACUGUUACCGCCAAGAUGAUGACCGGGCGCAGCAGCUCUUGACUUACGAAUUAAGGAAUUGGUCUAAGCAAACGUGUCUGUCUCUGGCCGUUGCUGACAACCACCGCGCUCUGCUGUCACACACCUGCUGCCAGAUCCUCCUGGCUGACCUCUGGCUGGGGGGGCUGCGAACAAGGAAAAACACUAACAUUAAGGUAAUGCUGAGUCUGCUGUUCCCGCCACUGGUCCUGCUAUUGGGGUUCAGGAGUGGUGAGGAGUUGAAGACGAUGCCACAGACGCGUGAGGAACACCAGUACGAUGAUCCCGAAAGGUCCUCAGACUCCGAGAGCGACACAGACUCGGACGAUGAGAACAUGGACCUGAGGAACGAUCAUGAUCCUGAGUCAGUCUUCAGAAUCUCAGUGCAUGUACAUCUACCACCACCACCACCACUACCACCAUUCCCAGUGGCAAAAACAACAACAACAAUAACAACAACAACAAUAACGAUGGCAAUAACGACGCUUCAGUAUGUGCAGGCACCACUAUGCAACAGCAACAGUGCCGGGCCCAUCACCAGCACUCUCAUUGUGCCGCCGCCCCCUGACGCAUCCUUGGCCGCCGAUGAGCACCACACCUCCAUCAGGCAGAAUGGGGUGUCUGGUGGCCACCUGUCUGUCCUGGACUCUUCCGUCUUUCUCAACGGCCGCUCAAAGCAACUCCCAGCAAGAAUCAAAUUUUAUGAGUUCUACAAUGCUCCCAUUACCAAAUUCUGGGCCCAUUCUAUAGCUUACGUCUUCUUCCUGUGUCUGUACACCUACGUUGUGCUGGUGAGGCUCCCUAAGCAGCCGGAGUGGAUGGAGUGGUAUGUCAUUGCCUAUAUAUCCACACUCAUCCUGGAGAAAGUGCGAGAAAUACUGUCGACGGAACCAGUAGAAUUAAAGCAGAAGAUUGCUGUGUGGUCAGACAAGCUGUGGAAUGUGUGUGAUCUGGUGUUUGGGGUGCUGUUCAUGAUCGGCCUGACGCUGAGGCUGCAGGACCAGACCAUGCAGGCCGGCCGGGUGAUCUAUUGUGUUGAUAUUAUUUACUGGUAUUUAAGAAUCCUUGAGAUCUUGUCUGCCAACAAGUACCUCGGUCCCCUGGUGAUGAUGAUGGGCAAGAUGAUAAAAAACAUGGCCUACUUUGUGGUGCUGCUGCUGGUGGUGCUGAUGGCCUUCGGGGUGUGUCGGCAGAGCAUCCUGUACCCCAACGAGGAGCCUCACUGGCGCCUCGCACGUCACAUCUUCUACCAGCCAUAUUUUAUGUUGUACGGAGAAGUGUUUGCCGGAGACAUUGACCCCGACUGUGGAGGCGAAGGUGAGAUCCCCUGCCACCCUGGCCGCUGGCUGACUCCGACAGUCAUGUCCAUGUACCUCCUGGUGGCCAACAUCCUCCUCAUCAACCUACUCAUCGCCGUCUUCAACAACAUCUUCCAGUCCGUCAAUGCAAUCUCUCACCAGGUGUGGAUGUUCCAGAGAUUUCAGGUUGUGAUGGAGUUUGAAGGCAAGCCCGUCUUCCCCCCGCCCCUCAUCAUCUUGUCACACGUCCACCGAGUCAUCAAGUACAUCUUCAGGAGGUGGAAGGGCAAGCCGCUUCUCUAUGACAAUGGCCUUAAGUUGUUCCUCGAUGGGGAGUCUCUAGAGCGGCUGCAUGACUUUGAAGAGGAGUGCAUGGACGGCUACAACAGGGAGAGGGACCAGAGGGAGCAGAUGAGUACUGAGGAACGAGUGCGAGUGAUGGCAGAGCGCACCGAGGGACUGGCGCAGAGAAUCGAAGACAUGCAUAUCAAAUUCAUCGGAGCAAUGACAUCAGUGAAUAACCUUGACUUCCACAUAAAGAGACUCGAGGAAACGGUGGAGCAGACCAAGAACAGUUACGCCGUGGUCCAUCGCUUCAUGACGAGCCACGUGAAGCGGAGGCGGUCCACGUCUCCUUGCUCGGGUUCUGGCACGCCAAAGUCUGACGGUGGCUGUACCUCUCGCUCCGUGUCCCAGACGAGCCUGCACCAGAUGCUUGAGGAGACUGAGAAACUGAUGAGCAGACGGCACACUCCUGACGAAGAGCUGAGUGACAGGGAAGUGAGUGACACAACGGAUGCUGAACCUGAAGGGUCUCAACACCGGCUGUCUCCCAAGCCUGGACACUUUGAAGUCAGCCACAUCGGCAUUCUAGAAGGCCUAAAGCUUGACUCAGCAAAGGUCUCCAGUGCCAGGCAUCCCAGGCGGCAUAGUCGACGUAAGCAGAGGUUAGAUUCUGAGUCAGGAAGUUCCCAGGGCCGUGCGUCAAGGGAACGAAGAUCCUCUGGUAGCCGAAAGAGCAGUAUUCGCAAGUCUUCCAAUGUAUCUGGGGAUAUGAAGCCACUGUUCGGUCCUAAAGUGUGCUUCAUAGAUGACACUGAAGUGAUCCCUGGGCACCAUGUACAUCACCCGCCUCCAAAAUAUGAGAGGUGUCUCUCUAACCCAGCCCAGCCCAUUAUACAGGUCAUCCCACCAUCGUCACCUCCACAGAUCUUCACCUUCGCCAGCGAAUACACAAGUCUGGCGGAUGAGCUGGAGACAGUCUGCAUGGCCCGGCUGUCUCCGCCCUCCUCCCCGCGGCUACACUACCAGAGUCAAGGGGCUCCACAAAUCCGUCGGCGCUUCCUGUCAGAAACUGCUGGAAUUUCCAUCACAAUAAGCCCCAACCCAUUACGGGAUGCUGAGGAGGCAGACUACCAGCUGAUGGAAGGUUUGAUUCAGAGAAGAAUGCACAGAGACUCGGAGAACUUGGCCAUUUCCUUGGAGGACCUCUGUUCAGUCAGGACGGAUUUCUCAGACAAUGAAGAGGGAUUGACUCCUCACCCCAACAGGAGAGACUCAAGGGUGAUAGACCUACGAAAGAGACACAGUACAACAAGCAUCGAUGCCACCCUGCCUGACAUGCUGUCAGUCCCAGGCUCCAUCCCUCUCACCUCCCCGCGCAUCCUCACCCCCACAGGCCGCAGAGCCUCUUUCCUCUGCAGCGAGAACACCCGGCUGGCCCUCUCCCAGCCCAACAGCCCCAGCACCCGCCGGUCUUCCAUACACGGGGAUAUGCGCCAACACUGGGCUUCCUCAAGUGCCCUGCCAGCAUCUGAGGCCUGGCAGAGAGCAACGUCAAGGUCUCCCCGUCCACACUCACCCCCAUGCAUGAUGCCUCAGGUCGUAACAAGUCAGAGUUCACCGGAACCCUCGUGUCAGUCUGAUAGCCAGCCCUCUAUGUCAACGCUGCAGGUCCCGGCUGUCAAGGAAUCCGAGGUGCGGCCCAAAGAUUCCAUCACUGAAACUGAGUGUUAAUCUUUAGGCGAGAAUGUCAUAUACUCCGCACAGCCGUAAGUCAUAAGAUAUCAGUGUAAUACAAAAAAUUAGUUCAGUAUUUUAAAAGGAUAAAUGUCAAUGAUCAUUAUAUACUACAGAGAGAAAUAGCUUUUAUGGGUAACUUUUUAUUACAACUUCGUACUUUUAGUGUUGAUGAAUUUCUCCUGAUAGAGCUAGACUCAGACUUAUGUGAAGCUUGAUUUGAUUGAGUCUCUCCUUGAAUGGCUUUGAUUCUUUUAUUAGAAGUGAGCCAUAAAUACUUAAUUAUCUUAAUUUAUUCAAUGAGCAAUAAUGGUGCAAUGCUGUAUGAAAGUAAUUUAAGAGUGUCUGGAACUGUAGUUUUUAAUGAGUGAUAUUACCCGGCAGUUCCAGAGCCAUUACGAAAGAAUAAGUUAAGCUUGAAAAAAGUUAUCUGCAAAUAAAGAAUUAUUUUAUUUUUAUAA